GUAAACAAAAAUGGCGGUUAUCAAAAAACACGGAAGUGGAACAAAAUGUGACUGAAACUAUAGGAUUUCCUGGAAUAUUUACAAAUUUCACGUUGCAUCCGCUCAAAGUCGCCCGAUAAUGCAAGUAAACGGUCCAUAUUGUGAUAGUCUACAUUAAUGUUAAAAUGGAACAGCUGUACAAUAAGUUUGUAGUAACCUGGAAUAACGAAUUUCCUCAAGAGGACCCACCGUUGAUUGAUCUACACGGCUGUAUCUCAACAGCAGAAGAUGGUUUCGAGUCAGUGAAUAUAGCCCAUCUUGGAAAAUUAUAUAACCAGUCCAGAGAAACCUCCAAAAGGCUUAGGAGAGAAUUGAAAAAGGCGGAACUAAUCGAAAACUUUUGGGCAACUCUCAUGAAAGACUGUAAUGGAUUUGAAUCAGCAGAAUACUCUCCAAGAAAAAGUAGCAGAAAAGUAUCUCCCUCCACUUCAAACCGCCCUGACAGAAAAACAUCAGAUGACUCUGGUGAUAGAAAAUUUUCGUUACUGGACGGCCUCGGAAAAUGUGUGGAUUCCUCCCUAGAAACUUUCGUUAAUAUUGGGCUAGGUGCUGAUAUUAUUGAUGUAACUGAUAAUCAUGAAAUCCAGGUGAAUGCUGUGGCUAGUGGUGAUCAAUAUCUUAAAACUGAUAACAAGUUGAGUGAUGGAGAAAACCUAGUUACACAGGUAUCGGACAAAUAUAGACGAGACUCCGGUAGUGUACCUAAUGUCUCGCGCAGUGGUGAUGCACAUACAGGAGAUCACAGUUGGUAUGCUAAUGCUAGGACACUGAAAGAAGAAGGUAACGUUUCUAGUGAUGACGAGGAAGCUGAUUAUGAGAAUCAAUGCUCCAAAAAAUUAUCUGUAUCCACGGAGAGAAUACCUUCCAUAAAGCCUGCCAUUCCUCCCCGGAGACCAAGAACUGAACAUCCAGUCAAACCAAAACCUCCAACGAUUCCUCGCUCUAAAAAGCAUAGUCCUGGCGCUAGUUCCUUUAGUCCACACAUAAGUGAAGGUGAACCAGUAAAAUCAACUGUAAAUAAUGAAAAACACAAUUACCAUGGACAUGUAACACCAAGGGCAUGCACACCUGAAACUAACUUGGAUGAAUUGACAGGAAGAAAUUCUAUUGAAAAUUUUGACAGUGCUUCCUUAAGUCAUACAGGUAGCUCUCAAAAAAACUUGGAGGAACAUGACAAAGACAUGUUUAGAAAAUUCAGGUUGAGUGAUGGAGGAAAGGCAAGGCCAGGCAGUGGUGAAGUUAUAUCUACAGGGUUCAAAAACCUUAGCAGUGAUUUUAGUGCAGGUGAAGAAAUCAAACGAUCUAGUCCAAAAUCAUCCCCAGUACCUAAAACAAAAAGCAGUAGUAGGAACCGAUUGAGAUCUAAUGACUAUGAAAAUUUUUCUGUGGACUUCCUCUUAACUAGAAAAACUCCAGUGUAUGAAUCGGAGGAGGAGGAUGACCAAGAUCAUCGGAACUCCGAAAUUUUUGACAGUAAUGUUACCAAGGAAACCAAGAAAUCCAGUGACUCGGGACUGUCUAGUGCAGACACAACAUCAAACACUAGUCUAACAAGUGGAGAAGCGACCCAUUCCAAAACAACUGAUCCUGAUGACUCAAAGACGGAGAAGUCUCACCAAGAAGAUGACAGUGCUUCUGGUCCUAUCCAACCUGAUAUGGAGGCUGCAGAGGCAGAAAAAAGUCAACAGAAGGAUGAGCGUGAUGGAAAGUGUCGUUUGAUCUUGGAGGCUUCAGGGGCCGAUUCUGAAGAUACAAGUGAUAAUGAGCCUGAAAUUUCGAGAACGAUGAGCAUUAGCAGUGUACGGAAAGUUAGAGACCAAAAGCUUCACAUGAGAAAGAUUCUGGUAAAGGGAAUUCUGGAAAGUGAGAGGACCUACCUCUCCCUGCUGAAGGAAAUUACAGAGCUGAAGAGAAAAAUCCAGAACCAGAUCACCAAUUUGAGAGAGUCACCAAUGUGUUCCAUGGAAGAUGUUACCACCAUGUUCUACCAAGUGGAAGAAAUCCACGUUCAACAUGGAAACUUUGUGGAGAAACUGCAAGCUAAAGUCGAUGCUUGGUCAGACACCCAGAAAGUGGGAGAUACUUUUAAGGAGCUGAUUGUGUAUUUUCCUCUGUAUAUGAAAUAUGUCAACCAUACCCAUGAGGCAGCAGAGUGUAUACAGAAGUGUACAAGCAACAACGAGGAGUUCCGAAAGUUGGUUUCUUCUGUGAAACUGAGCACUGGAAGCCAGCAUACAUUGCAAGAACUUUUGUUUACCCCUGUACAGAGGCUUCAGAGAAACACUCUAGUCAUACAUGAUCUCCUGAAUUACACGCCAGAAGAUCACGAUGAUUACAAAAUUCUCAUGAAGACCCUAGACUUGGCUGACCACAACUUAAAGAACUUCGCAACUACGCCAGAUUCACAAAUAGCGAAUACAGAGGAUCAUCUGGUAAAAAGUGGGUUUGUUGUGGAGAUGGUUGGAAAUUCCAGGAAGCUGAGGUUCAUGUUCUUGUUCACGGAUGUCCUAGUGUGUACAAAACACAAACAGACUGGCAGGAAUCGUGUAAAUGUAUUUGAAGUGAAAUGGUUCCUGCCUGUUCCCCAGAUCACCAUGGAGACAAAACUGGAUAAAGUGUACCAGAUCAAAGAAGAUACCGAGAGCAUGAAAAAGAAAAUUGUCAGCUUGAAAGCAGAGCUGAGGAGAGAAAUGAAAAUCCAUGAUGACAAGGGGGAGAGGACAUCCUGGUUAUCGUCCGGAACAAGGACAAUGGAGAAAUUGAAGAAGAAAAUUGAAGAGCAGGAGGCUGCUCUGAUCCUUGCUUCUCCUCAUCUGCCAUUACAAUUCUCAACAAAGGAGGACUCAAAAAACCACUACAUUCUGUUGUCCACAGAUUACGAGAGAGAGGAAUGGAGGGAUGCCAUGUUGGCACAACAAAACCACCAUCAUGGUGGACUUCAAAGGCUGCUGAGUGGGCAUGAUGUUCAAGCCAAAAUCAAUGAAAGCAAACAGCUUCCACAAGUCAACAAUAUAGGAAAUGUUUUGAUUAAGAAAGAUGAUGAAAUGCUGAAUGGUUCCCUAAACGUUACUAUCCAUAAACUGGACGGACUGGACAGUCCCUGUGAUACCUAUGUACAGCUUCACCUAGACUCUUACGGCUAUUUCUUCAUGCAAGCUAAGACUCGGCCCUGUGUCAACUCCGUAGAACCCAACUGGGACCAGGACUUUGAGUUGGAAUUAGAGGGAUCACAAACCUUGAGGAUUUUGUGUUACACAGUAAACAGGGAGGGUGAAGAUGAGCUCAUCGGCAGGAGUGCUCUCGAGCUCAGUCGAACAUGGCUAAGCAGCAGUUUCAAAGAACAGAAGAUCAGUAUGAAUACUUUGUCUCUGAUGAUCUCAGUAAGGCAUACGCCAGCCACCAAGACCCUGAAGAGGUCCCCCUCUAAAAUCCAAGGAGGACUGUUUGGAACCAGGAUUGGAAUAGCUUGCAGUCGAGAACGAAAGACAGUUCCGAGUUUCGUCACAGCUUGUAUCAAGGAGGUAGAGGCUCGAGGAAUGGAAGAGGUUGGUUUGUACAGGAUAUCUGGUGUGACGUCCGAUAUACAAAGGAUCAAAAAGGCCUUUGACAAAAAUGUAGAGAGUAGAUGGCUCCCAGUGUAUUUGAGGGCAGGUUUGAAUGUUCUUGGAGACAGUGACAUUAAUGCAGUGACUGGGGUUCUCAAACUCUACUUCAGGGAGCUUCCAGAACCUCUCUUCUCAGAAGCCAGCUACAAACAAUUCAUAGAUACCAUUGGUUUACAUGAUGGAGAUGCUAAAGAAAAAGUUUUCCUUCAACUUCUACAUGACCUUCCAAACGAGAACUAUUACUGCAUAGUAGCUAUUGUAGAGCAUUUAGUCAGAGUGAGCAAACUGGAGUCUAAGAAUAAAAUGUCACUCAGUAACUUGUCAACGGUGUUUGGCCCCACCCUCCUUCAUCCUGCGGUCAGCGACCAACAAAAUCCCACUCAACUGAUGCAGGAUGCCCAGGAUGUCUUUCUUCAGGCGGGUGUGCUGUACUUUCUCCUACAGCUGGCAGCCAGUGGGCGGAACAUCCGGAGGUGUGAAGCUACUAUUGAAAUGCAUGGGGAGGACAGGCUAGUGUAGAGGUGUGGAUCUAAUGGGAGUGGGAAGGGGGUAAAUGGAGAAAAGCUGGAAAGAGUUGGCAUAAUCUAGUCCAUGUUUAGUUUAAGAAUGUCUGACCAAGAGAGUAGUAGAAAUAGAUAUUCGGGGAAAAAAAGGUGUUGUAUGUUGAAGCAACUUGUACAGUCUGUGAGUAUUUAAUGGGGGAAAGUGACAUAGAAGCAAAAUAUUAGUAUUAGAUUUCAUGUAUGGUUUUCUUGCCUUCAUACUGGAUGAAAUGAAUUUUUCUGUGCUUGUUAAUCAAAAUCGUAUGUUACAGUAUUUAUUAAAAUUAUCAAUUUCAAGGUUGCCAUAGAUAAAGGAAAGUAAAAGAAAACAGAAUAUGAACUUGGACGGAAUUUACAGAAUCUAUCCUGUAAAUGAUAUAAGAUACAAGUAGACAUUUGUUACAAUCAGCCAUAGAUGUCUUUCAUUUAGUAUUCAGCCAUGACAUUUUAAUUGAAAUGAUGAAAUACAUGUAUAUGUACAUGUAUAUAUCAUAUAGUAAUGCUUGUAUCAGUGUCCUAUAAUUGGAUAUUUAACGAGGUGCUUAUGCAGAACAGCAAUAUAUUUCUUGUUCAGCAAUGUACUUGUGUGUUUAAGCCGUAUCUAUUGGUAUUUAGUGUGUUUCUAGUACUGUUAGAAAUACCAGUAUUGAGGAAAUCUAGAAAUAUUCCCUACUUUUUCAGAAAGUGAGUAAAUUUUGUAAACGAUAGAAUAAAAAUUACAUUUCUUGCAUACAUUUUACUCAAUCAAACAAGCAGAAGUUCACUUAUAAUUCAGUUAGUGACUCAUGUUUUAGUAAUACCUAAUAUAAAGAGGAUCUUGCCAUGCUUGUUUUCAAAUUGCAUAAUGAGGAUGUUACAUAGUAAUAUUACUUACUAAGUUAGUAACUUGAGAUCUACAGCUGUGUUUUUUAUUUCCUAAAUUUCAUUUGUUUUCUUUGUGAAUGAGAUUUAAAUAAUAUUCUGAAAGAUCAGAUUCACAGAAUUAAAUGUGCGUAAAAACAACAAAUGUACAUACAUUCUUCCUUUUCCUUUAACACAAAUGAUAGCUUAUAGUGUUCAAUAGAACAUUUUAUCCAUCUUUUUAUGAAGAGGAAUUUGUACAUAUUUUGAAACACGUUAUGGAUAUGUUGUUACUUUUGUACCGGAAUGAUCUAUGUUUGUUCCGUAAUUAAACAUGUUUUCCCACGAUGCAAUCAUAGCAGCAAUAUGCAUUUUGUUAUUCAAUAUCUUUUGAUUAUCAUAGAACGUGUUUGGAGUAUUGCGGGUACGCAGAUAUAUAGUUAUACCGUGUAUGUUGUUUGUGCAAUAUUUUAUUGUGUUUUUUUUUAAGCCAGAAAGCUAUGUAUGAUGUACAUGUGGUAGACUAAGUGUUUAAUUCUCUAGUAGUAUGAUAAAUGUCCAAACAUAUCUCUGUAUUUAUUAAAGUGCGUUUGAUGAUACUACAACUUAAGGAAAACAGCUCGGAAACUGAAGCCAUUCCAUAGUGGAGCAUAUGCAUCCUUUCUUUUAAAGGAUUUUUGUCACACUGCCCUGUUGAACAAGUGAUUCAUCCACCGAUGUGGUGGUAUUUUUUUUUUAGCCUGAUUGUUAAUUUGGUAUCAAUACUGAAUUUCAAUAUCUGCAUUGACUGAUUCAUUCUUGUUUGGACAUGGACAUUAAUUCAUUGUUUCAAUAUUAUUGAUAAAGCAGUGUCAUUAAUAGAUUCACUCAACCAUUUUUUCUGUACAGCUGUAAACUAUCUAUUCUUUUAUCAGAUACAGUUGAACAUCAAAAUCUCAAAUACCACGGAUAUGUUGAAGUGAGUCGCAAGUCCGAACUACAUCUUCUUUAUGUAUUUUAACCACAAUAUCUUGAACCCUUAGAUAUCUCUAAGUUUUUUCUUGGCCCCAUUGAGUUUGAGAUAAUGAGGUUUGACUGUAUUUUGCAUUUUAAAUCCUUUAGACCUUUUCUUUUUCAUUCUGAUAAAUCAAAUUGCUGGUAACCAGUUGUGGGCGUAUGAAUAUUGCGUGUGUAGUUUCUCUGUUGUUUCUGAUGGUGGUGUUUGUAUAACUUCACAGUUUUGAAAUGUUUUGUACGGAAUUUUAUGCAUGUACAUAUACUUACACUUAUAUAUGGAAGAAUUAAGUUUAUCAGAUAACUCCACUUAGUGACAGUGAUUUAAAAAGCACUCGCAACCACUUCAUUUUAAAAUUUAUCAAUGUUAUUUCUCAUAUUAUUGUACUUUCUGUAGGAAAUGUAGAAAAUAAACAGAUUGUUCCUGCAUAUACUACAUAUAUAAUGUAGUAUGUAUAUAGAUGUAAAUUCUUUUGUAUUUUGUCUAAUGUUACUCAUUUGUUAAUCUUGCACAAUGUUCAAAUGUUUAUCGUGCUAAUUUAUUAUAAAUCCGUGUUACUUGACAAGUUCUUUUAAAAUAUGCCCUCAUUCAAAACUUUCAAAAUGAUAUUAAAGGUAACCUUUUGUUUUUGGUUCGUUAUUUUAAGUUCAAAUUGUUGAUAAUGAAACUGUGAUAAAAUCAAAAUUUACGAAAGUUGAUACACAAGUUUUCAGUGGUUGCUUUAUUGUACCUGUUUUAGUGUUUCAGGAUGCUCCAAUAAAGUUUAAUGAAUAUA